AUUUGAUAGCUAAAUAGUGUUCUAAAUAGUGUUCCAUCUGUUAGCUUAUCCCAUUUUUAUCUCUUAUAAGUUGUUAAGUACAUCUGAGAAACAUCUUCUUGUCCAAAAAUCAAACACCAUAAGUGGCAUACAAAGCUCAAACUCACACAGCUUUGAUCUUUGACGAAAUCGAAAAAACGACAGCUAGUGUGUUGAAAAAAGGUCGACAUUUUCUUGUUUGUUUUUGUUUUUGUAUGAGAACCGGUUUGAAAUCGAUCUCACUUCGAAAGUUGAUGGUGUGUCGAGACAAUCGUAGAUCGAUAAAGCUAUCGCCCUUUUUGCAAUAUACAUUUUAUUCCUCUUUUGAUAUUCGACAACACGAUCCUCCCCCUUAGUAUUCGGUCUGUCACGUUUGAGGUUGUAAGAAAAUGGCCCUCGAUGCAGAAACGGCAAGAACCAUUGUCGGGAUCAUAGGAAAUGUGAUCUCCUUCUUUCUGUUCAUUUCUCCUGCGCCGACUUUUUACAAGAUAUUUAAAGCCAAAUCGGUUCAGAAUUUCAAACCCGACCCAUAUGUCGUGACAGUGCUCAAUUGCUCAAUGUGGGUUUUUUACGGAAUGCCGUUUGUUCAUCCGGACAGCAUUCUUGUUCUCACCAUCAAUGCCAUCGGCUUGUUCGUUGAACUCGUUUUUGUCACCCUUUUCGUAAUCUACUCUCCCGAUUGGCCCAAACGCAGCAAGAUUUUGAUAGCCAUGUUAGUUGAAUUUGUGUUCUUGGCUGUGGUGGUCCUCAUAACCUUGUUUUGCCUCCAUGGAAGCAAGGCAAGGUCGAUGCUAGUUGGAAUAGUGAGCAUCGUGUUCAACAUCGCCAUGUACACGUCACCCUUGACGAUUAUGAAACGAGUUAUAACUACCAAGAGUGUUAAAUUCAUGCCAUUUUAUCUGUCGUUAGCCAACUUUGCUAAUGGCACCGUGUGGUUCUUUUACGCGCUCAUCAAGUUCGAUCCGUACGUCUUGGUUCCAAAUGCUUUGGGUUGCCUUUCGGGAUUAGUGCAAUUGAUCCUAUACGCGACUUACUACAAAUCCACCAACUCGAACGAACAAGAAAAUACGGCCCGCCAAACGGAGACCGAAAUCCAGCCAGAUUCACGAGUGUGAUUGAAAACCAACGGCAAUAAUUUUCUGUACAAGUCUUUUAAUCUAAGCACAAGUUUACAGUUUUGUAUUGUUGCAUAAUAUGGAAUAUAGAUAAAAUUAUGCAAAUGCUGUUUUGAUUUUGCAUGGCCAACAUACUUGUGUUU